AUGGCUUCUGCUUUUGCAAAUAGAACAAAACUGAUCACAUCAAAUACGAGUGUAUCCUCCAGUGCCACAAUGAUGAUUCACGAUGUUGUCUGCAGUGACGAAGGAUUGUACCAAUGUUGGAUAGAGUAUUUUGUCUACCCUGUGGAAAAACAGAGAGAAAGCUUCACUCUAGUUACUUUUGAAGCUGAAGCUAAAUCACCGGAAGAUUUUGUUUUGGACCAUCAGGACCAGUUGGAGGAGAAUCAGUCCGUACAUCUUAUUUGUGCUGCUGAUGUUGGAAAUCCGGCGGGAAACAUCAAGAUCUGGAAAGUCCCGGAGAAAACGAAUAUUCCAGAAAUCGUGGUCACUUCACAUUCAUCAAAUAAUAAAACAAAGAAAUGUACCACUUUUCUAAACGUAAUCACAGAGUACAAAGUUUCCAGAAAUGACAACGGGAUAAAAUUUCUUUGUUCUUCACAAAAUGAUCUCACACAGGACCCAGGACCAGGGAGAUACUCACAGAGAAUCUCGGUGCUUUAUGGACCGGGAACGCCAAUAAUAACACUUUUACCUUUCAAAGACAUAUACUACACCGGUGAUGAUUUAAAACUGGAAUGUCUUUCUGACGGUAAUCCGUCCCCAGCAUACGGCUGGACAUUUCUAUCUCUAUCUAUCAACAAAAGGGAAGACGAUAUAAAAUACUUCAUCAGUAACAGGUCUUCAUUGAUGAUAAACAACCUUCAAACCAACAAUUCUGGAAUUUACGCUUGCGUUGCUUCUAAUACGUUCAAUGGGAAGGGUUUUGAAGUAUCAUCUAUUGUAUUUAUAUUGGUUAGAAAUCAGACUGUUAAAGGUAAGUUACAGCACACCUAAUGCAUUUAAAAAAGCUAUCCCUUUUAGGAUAAAUUAAGCCUCAUGGAUGAUUCUAAUUACUCAUUGGAUGGCAUUGUCUUCAGGAAAAAACCCUCUAAGAUGAUUUUCAUGCAUGUGAUGUCUAUACAUUCAAUAUCGACAACUCCAGAGCUUUUUUCUAUGGUUCUGUUUAAUUUAUAUAGUUUUUGUAUUUUGAAAAAUAUGAUAAAGUUACUUUUGUAAGUGAAAGUUGUUGCGUAGUUUUUCAAAAUAUCAUAAUAUUUCUACAUAUUUCUUUAAUAAUGUGUAUAAAGUGAUAUAUCAUGCAUUAAGAAUUAUGCCAAAUGGCAUCUUCGGGGAAAUGUCGAACAGAGUAAAUCUGAUAUUGACGGAAACAUCAAAACCCUGGUAUUAUUACAGAAGAAGCAAUCCUUAAGAAUUACGUAAGUAUGCGUGAAAUUAAAAACAUUUAAUUUUAUAUACGACAGAAACAAUCAUGAGAAAACUUCUUUUUAAGGACUCUUUUCUCAUGAUUGCUGGUGAAGAAUAAGAGAUCUUGCAAAUAAACCAUUGGUCAAUCUUGUGGAGGAACGCUGGCAGAUGUUUGCCUUCAGACUUCCAGUUAGCUGCAUAACUGUAGCUCUCCAAAAAAGAAUAAUGACAGACUAGAGAGCUAAUCCUUCGUCAUUGCACAAAAUGAAUUUUUCAAUUCACCAAUGAUAGUGAGGAGGAAUUACUUCAAAAUUUGUCUUUGUUUCACUUUAAAAUUCCUUUAGACCAAAAAUACAUGUAUACUUGCAUUUUCUCUGCUUUCAAUAACUACAGUGGGGAGACUUUAAACAUUACAUCCAUGAUAACUAUAUCUGUCAGAACUCCAUUAAUACGAAGUAUGGAUACACUGAAGUGUGACUUGCCAAAUCGGGGAAAAAUUAAGAAAAAGAUUAACAGGCUGUCAGUACU